CCCACGUGCUCUCCAUUACUGUCAACAACAUGCAAAACGUACUAUUCUACGGGCUUCGCUGUGCACUUUUUGCUGUACUGUACCGGCCUAGGCCUGAACAUGUAGGCGGCCGAAGAUAGUAUUUUACAUAAAGUAUAUUAUGUCCUUAGUUAAUAUAUGCGCGGUCAUACGGAUGCCACAUCUUAGUAUGGCAUGCUACAGGACAUUUAGAAAUCGAAGAAUGUACCCCUUGUUAAAUAUUACUACCUUAUUAGAUGGAAAAAUUCACCAGUUGCAUUCCCAAAAUAAUGAUAUCGUCAAUAAAGUAGGCAAAUGUGCUACAAACAGCUCACAGAUGCAAAUAGGCAACCAAAAGAUUUUUGAGGAAAAUGCAGUUGAAGUAAAGGAAGACCACAACACAAACGGCAAAACUAGCAAUCAGAACAUGACCAAGUUUGAACCAUCAUUGAAUGCACAACCAAAAAAGCUAUUAACAGAAAAUAACACAAAUGAAGACAUACCACUUUUCAACUCAAAAAACAAGUUACCAAACAAGCAACCUACCAAAACCAAAAAUUUCCGGAAAGUACAAGGCAAGACUACUAAAUCGCCGUUACUAUUGAAACAUGAUAAAACAACAGAGAUAAGCAAGAAGAAAUUAAAAAAUCAGAAGAAGCUGAAAAAUUCCCAAACACAGAAAUUCCAAGUAUCUAAAAAAAAAAGCAUUGAUGAGAAACGUGUUCCAUUGUCACAAUCCCAGCAGCAAGCAAAGAAAAGUCAGCUAUUUAGUAAAAAGGAAAAGAUGGAAAGUGAAAAUUUGUUGCUGGAGAGAACUUCAAAUAAUUACACUGCAGAACAUAUAGAAAACUACAAUGAUGCUAGUAAAAAUGAAAAUUUGAAUGCAUCAAGCAAACAUUUUAGAUCACUAAAGGAAGUUGAACAUAUAGGAGGACAAUCCAUGCAUUUACGAAAGGGUAAAGAACCAAAAACCAGCCUUUCAUCCAGUGCACUAAUUUCACAUCAAAGGGAACAGAAAGAGUUUGAAGAGACUGCAGUAGAAGUUGAUGUAGGUGAGGAUAAUAAAAGCAGCCAUGCUUUUACAAAAAAGAUGAAGCAUAAAGUUAAAGCUACACCAAACAAAAAGGUUCCAGAUUCAAAUCAAAUGCCACUUCAUAAAACAUACUUCACUCAUCCACACUCCUACCUGUUACCUUAUCUUGAAGUAUGUAUAUUUACUGGUAUGUUGUCCCGAGCAGAAUUGAUGUUCCAAAAAUUCAAGUAUUCUAUGCCAUUAGAUGUAGAGGUGUUCAAUGUUCUUCUUCAUGGAUGGGCAAAAGAGGGUGAUUUAAAUAAGAUUAGAAAAUUGUUCAAGGAAAUGGGAAAACUAGGUGUAAAAGCUGAUUUGCAAUCUUAUGCUGCAGUACUGGAGUGCAUUGGAAGGAAUAAUGUCAUUUCUUCAAAUGCCGCUUUGAAAUGUAUCAGUGAGAUGAAAAAAAAUGGGCUGGAUGUGCAUAACAUACUGUCAGUCAGAUUGACUGAAGAUCAGAGAAACUGUGUUGUUGAUGCAUUGCAGAAAAGUUGUCCUUCAGCUAUAGUUCAACGGGAUUUUAAACCACAUGUUUGCAGAAAUCGGCUUGUGGAGGACUACUACUGUGAACAUCACAAUCAGGUGGAUAUACGUGAUGAAUCAGAAAAAGUGUCAAAAAAUAUAAAUUUUAAAGACAUGAUGAAGAAUAUAAUGGAACAGGUGAAAAUUGAGGAAUGUGGUCAUAUGAAAGUGAAAUCAGUUGACAUUGAAGAUAAAGUGAGCCCUCAAAUACAACUUAAGCGAAAACACCUUAAAGAACAUGAUCAAGAAUGGCGAAGUUGUCUGUCUCGAGCUUUUGAUGAAGUCAAAUUUGGUCAUAACAACAAAUCUCUUAGUGGAAUUGCCAAUUUUUAUCCAUUUAUGUGCUUGUUUGACACUGAGGAGUAUGUGGACAUAAUGCUGCAAACUUUACAUACCCUAGCUACUUCAUCAGAAGGAAAUGCUCGCGUUAAUUUGUCAGUAGAGCUUGGACAGAGGCUAUUUCACAAAUAUGUCAUAAUGAAAAAGAUAAAGACAGGAGUGAGCAAGAAGAUUAAUCAACUAUAUGAGAGGUUUGUGCCUUUGUGUUUAAAUGAAGAGCAGUUGAUUAAAAAGCCAUUGAGAGAAACAUGGCAAGAAAUUGAGCACCAACAUCCCUCAGGAGCAUCUUUGGACACAGAAAGCAACAUGUGGUCACGGCCAGUUGUUUUGUCAAUUGGUUCAUUACUGGCUGAUAUGAUGCUACAUGAAAUCAACAUUGACAGUAAUCUUCGAUCCACUUCCGCAAGGCAGAUGAUACCUGCACUCUAUCACAUCUUUGACUAUAGGAGUCUUAAGACAGUUGGUUUUGUGAAGCCACACCCGAAGCUAGUGAGCCUGAUCCAGGAUGCAUGUCUACCAGAUGUGGUGUUUGACAGUAACCAUGUUCCAAUGCUGUCUCCUCCUCUUCCAUGGUGUUCUCAUAAGUUUGGCGGUUAUCUGUUUUCGUCUUGUUCGGUAAUGAGAACAAGAGACGAUUCACUUCAGGUUGAGUUAUUAAAGGAUAAGAUACAACGUGGUGACCUCAAUCCAGUUUUAGACUCAUUGAAUCAGUUGUCAAAUACUCCAUGGAUUGUAAACAAACCAGUAUUGGAUAUAGUGUUAGAUAUAUUUAGGAAUGGUGGAGAUGAAAAAUUAAAUAUUCCACCACCAUCCUCAGUCUGCCCAGAACCACCAUCAUACUCCAAAGGUAUGACAAGUGAGGCAAUGAUUGAAAUUCAGAAAUUGAGAAUGAGUUCCCGUAAGAAAAAAUCUGAAAUGCAUUCUCUAAGGAUGAAUGAGGUUUAUAAGCUAUCAAUUGCUAAUGCAUUUCGGAACAAGAUUUUCUGGUUUCCACACAAUAUGGACUUUAGAGGGCGAGUGUAUCCAUAUCCUCCACACUUCAAUCACCUUGGUAAUGAUGUAACUAGAAGCCUGUUACUUUUUGGACAUGGUAAGCCACUUGGAGAACAUGGCCUGAAGUGGAUUAAGAUACAUCUUGUCAACCUAACUGGACUUAAGAAAAGAGCAUCUCAAAAUGAAAGGUUGGAAUAUGCAGACAGCAUAAUGCCUUUAAUAUUGGACUCAGCAAAUGAUCCUUUAAAGGGGCAAAGAUGGUGGCAGACUGUGGACAAUAUUUGGCAAACUUUAGCAGCUUGUAAAGAAAUUAAUGCUGCAAUAAAUUCUCCAGAUCAUACAAAAUACAUUAGCCAUCUUCCAGUUCACCAGGAUGGUUCUUGCAAUGGUCUACAGCACUAUGCUGCUCUUGGCAGAGACGCAAUAGGUGCACAGCAAGUUAAUUUAUAUCCUAUGGCUUUGCCACAAGAUGUAUACAAUGGAGUUGCACAAAUGGUAGAAGAGUUGCGUGUUGAAGAUGCCAAAGAUGGUCAUCCAAUUGCAAUUUUAUUGAAAGAUCAAAUUCACAGAAAGAUUGUGAAGCAGACUGUGAUGACUGUUGUUUAUGGUGUAACUGCAUAUGGUGGCCGACUACAAAUUUUAAAACAGUUGAGGGAGGUGAAAGACCUUACAUUUGAUCAGCAGUGGGCAGCAUCAGCCUAUAUUGUUGUCAAGGUUUUCCUGAGCCUACGUAAAAUGUUUACCAAAACUAGACAAAUUCAGGAUUGGUUGACAGACAGUGCUUGGAUGAUAUCAAAAGCUGGUGAACUAGUGCAAUGGGAAACUCCUCUUGGUCUGCCAGUUGUACAACCUUACCAAAAGAAAAUUUCCAACAGACCAAAUAAAUCAAGUAAAUCAAUGGAUCCUAUAUUCACAAGAUAUAAACCGGAUACUAUGAAACAAAAGAAUGCAUUUCCCCCUAACUUUAUUCACUCCCUGGACUCUGCUCAUAUGAUGCUGACAAGCCUCUUCUGCCAAAGGGCUGGUAUUACAUUUAGUUCUGUGCAUGACUGUUUCUGGACACAUCCUAGUACAGUGGAUAUUAUGAAUAAAGUUUGUAGAAAUCAAUUUGUCAACCUACAUAGUGAACCAAUACUGGAUGACCUUGGACAGUCUCUCAUAAGGAAAUUUGGAAAUCUACAAAUUCCAGCAGGGUCAAGAUUUCAUCAAGAUCAACCGAAUGCCACUCACUUGAAACACUUUAUUGAAAGGAUACCAAGUAAAGGAGAGUUUGAUCUCAACCAUGUAAACAACUCAACUUAUUUCUUCAGUUAGAAUUUCAAACCCUGUAGUUUUCUUUGGACUGUUUAAACACAAUGCUUAUAAAGGUACACAGUGUAGGCUGUACAUGGCAAACAAGAAGUAAUGUUUCAUUGGUCCUCAGUUACUGCCCAGUUGCCAUAUCAGCAAAAAAAAAAAGUCUGUACCCACCACUGCAAACAUGACUGUUUCGAGAUAUGUAUACAAACAUACCUAACAUGACUGUUUCUAGAAUGUAUAGUGAACAAACUGACAGCCAGCUAAGAUCAUAUGUUUGAGUGCAUGCUCAACAUUUUGAUGAUGACAUAAUUAAUGUCCUGAUGAUGACAUAAUUAAUGUCGAAAUAUUGAAUCCCAACACGAUGGCGUGUAUUUCAAUACUUGGAGUAUGUAUUAUACUUUCAACAUUUUGACGUUGAGCACUUAUACAAAAUUUAUUUGUUUUUUUUUUGGUUUUUCAUAUUUUACUAAUUUUAUAGUCAGUUUAUUCCUUUCAUAAAGUAUUUUUAAAAGGUAUCAAAAUUCUUAGGAUGAGUAUCUACUGUACUUCAUAUACUGUAAGACAUGUACUUUUGGCUUUUGUAGUAUAUCUUCACCACCACUACUUAUAAGCAACACAAUAAAUGAAGUAUAAAAUGUUUCAAUAUCUUUGGUAUAGAGCUGUAUUUACUGUAUUUUAUUAAAAUGUUGAUUGCAAACGUGCAAUUAACAAAAUUCACAUUUGGUAAAAACUACACCUGUGAAUUGGCGGCACUUGCUAAUGAGGUAUUCAGAAUUAAUUAAACUAUUGUACAACAUGGGAGGAAGUCAUCCAUAUUGACCUUAGGGCAAAAGGUCUGGGUCGGGAAUUGGCUUAGGACAGAGGAGCUUGGAGAUCAAAAUGGAGAAAAGUAACCCAUGAUCAAAAUGUAUAUGAUGAUGAUAAUGUACUGUAUACUACUGGAUGUUAAAUGUAGGACUAAAUAUUAGAGUAAAAUGUUGUGAUAGCUUACUAUUUAUUCGUUAUACAUGUAUAUAUUAACUUCUUUUUGGGGUUAACACGGUCAAAUUAUUAUUUACUCUAUUUACCUUUGUUCUUUUUCAUUUGUGUUGUCGGUAGUAAUUGUUUGUUACCACACGAUGACUUAAAUUUGAUAAGUUCAAUUAGUUUCAAACUUAGCAAAUUGCAAGAUGACACUAAGUUUAAUGAGCCUAUUGUUUUUGGUAACAUUAGCUUACCUUAUACCAGAGGGUCGCUAGUCAUAAUCACGAAAAAGCUUUGCUAAUCAUAAACAAGAGCGACUGCUCACCGGUCUCUGCAUUAAACUGAGGUUACCUCUAUUCAGCGUUUAGUGCUUUAAAUAUGCACCUUUCAAGCAAGGAUUUUUUUUGACACCUAUAAAAAACAUGCUUAAACCAUGGAGUAAAUAUCCUCCAUGCUUAAAUCAUGGAGGUAUAGCUUAAAUACAGUACACAGUGGCAUAGUUAUUAUAUUGGAUUUUUUCGGCAAGGGAUAAAAAUUGCCAUUAAUUACUACCACUAACAGAAAAAAAAAAUUCAAAAAGAUUAAAGAUAAAUAAAAAAAAAUAAUGUCUAAAAAUUGAAAAAAAAAAAAAAAAAAAAUUGAAUUUGAAUACCAAGACGCGAUUCCUUAGAACACAUCUUUAACCGACCGCGCCAUCCAGGCGACGUGUACUAUUCAGCUAUGUAUAUUGAUGAAUCCCCUGUUUAGUUUUGUAGGUGUAUGGGGAACCCGGGGAUUCAACUUAAAAAGAGGCAUGAACGUUUGAUGGAAAUUACCUCUAGUUUAUGUGUACAAAACUUCCUGCUCAUCCAUUCAAAACUGGUGACAAUGGAUGCUUUUAAAUUUCUUGUAACAACUGAAGGAAAGUUUGAAAUGUACAGAAUAAUUAAUAGUAAUAUACAAAUACCGUAUAUAUGAAACAUUCCGUCUUGCGCACCCAAAAAUAAAGGCCACUCUUCAUAAUCGAGAAAAGGGUUCACUCAUUGGCGUAAUGCCUGUCAGCACUUGGGGGUGGUGGCGCAACCCUGGGUAAUUCACUACCGAGUCUUAACAGUUGGCGUAAUGCAUGUGCUUUCUGAGGGUCCAGUCCAAAUGGGAUUUUGGAGAGGCCACAUGGGGCUCCUUUCUUACUACUACCUAGCGCCAGGGGCGGAUUCAGAGAUGUCUGAAAGUGGGAGAGGCGAAAGUGUGGCCGAUCGAGACAACACUACCAUGCUUUCUCCCGCGAAAUUUGUGUUUUCUAGAUGCCCGAAAAAAUAACCUGAGGCGUUUUGGGCGAUCAAUUAUUUCUUUUUACUUUUUUUUUUAACUUUCCAAAAGGUGGGGCUGGGUCUUCAGUGCGGCGCUUAUAAAAAAAUAUCGGCGUGGUGCUUUCCAUGACCGUUCCUAUGUUGCCUAUUUCACGUAAUUCGAUAGGCCCAUCAUCGUAAAUAAAGGUUUAUAAAGAAA